UACUGCUAACAAGACAGUGUUGCCAAAGAUCAGAGCGCGGGAAGCGCUUCGCGACGCGGCGCUCCAUACUCUCCGCUCAGUAGCAGUAUCUUUGGCUAUACGAGUAGCGGUAAUACGAAUAUGAUUCUCGAUCUCCCGAUCCGAAGAACGUGCUAUUUUUUCUUCAUUUGAGUUCGAUCCGGCAGGAUCUCACAAGAAGCAUAAUGUUGUCAACACCCAUAAAGAUAAAACAAGAAACUACUGAAGUGACACAUGCUCGUGUUAAGUUUGAAGGAGUUUUACAAAAUCUUAUAGAAAGAGCUGAUGAGAGUCUGCCAUUAGAUGAUGAAAUAACAAUAAAGGAUGAACAGGACUUUGAUAGGCCAUUUGGGGAUGAUAUUAGAGAGCUUGAAGCCACCCCAGUCACUAAAUCUCCAUCCAAGUCUAAAAAGAGGAAGAAAAGAGACCUUAAUUCCUCAGAUGUUGAACAACUAGAUGACAAUACCAAAACACGUAAUUCCUUUGUGAUGAAGCUUUUUGAUCGUAGCGUUGAUCUUGCUAACUUCCGUACUAAUGCACCACUUUACCCUGUUUGUCGUGCUUGGAUGGAUAAUACCCCAAAUGCUAAGACACCAAAGAGAGACUUGUCACCAUCACCAGAACCUUUACCUGAUUCAGAUAUGUCUGAGAAUGGACUCAUUUAUAGGUUACCAUCUCCAAGUAAGACUGGGAGCGAGAUGACUGAAGAACUUUCAAGAGACCCUAGAAUACCAUCACCUGUACCACAGCCUCAAGAAACCUUAGAUAUACAUGCAGAUUUAUCUCAAGCACCUUCAAAAGAAACACUACUUAAGGAUCACUUACAAAGAUGGAAAGUUAUUAGAAACAAAUGGAAAGAAGCAUCACAGUUGAACCAGUCAAGAUACAGUGAAAGUUAUGCCAUUCUCAAGGCAAUGUAUGAACGUCAGUGAUACUUACAUUUAAUUUUAAACAAGUUUCAUUAUCCGUUAUCAAUUUAUUUUUAAAUACCAUACUCCCCUAAUUUGCAUAUCAUUAUCAUGCAGUUGUGUUUAUUAUACAGAUACCUCUGACCGUAAAAACAUGUAGAUUUAUCUUGAAGAUAUUGUUAUUAUCAAUGAGAGGAAAGGAAGAGCAAUGAAUUGUGUUGCUGCAGGAUAUUAAGAGCCAAUUCCUUAAAAUGUGUAAAUCCUUCCCCUAUAUUUUGAGACUUCAAGAACUAAUUUUAUAUCUGUUUUCUAAUUCAUAUAAAAGAUUGUAAUGCUCUCAAUUCAUCAUGUUCCAAGCAGUUCAUGAAGUGAAGAAAGAAAGAAGAUGGGAUGUUGUCAAACAAAAAGAUUGAUCAUUUUAAAGAAUAGCCCCAAGAUGGAAGUGUAAAAGCCAUUUUACAAAGUAUUAGGAUGUAGUGGAUGAAAAUGAGAUCUCGGGUUGGCAAAUCCGUUGUCAAGUGAUAUGGACAUUUUAAUCAUAUAAUGGAUUCUGGAGUUUCUACAUGUAUUAUUCAAAAACUUUGGCAGUCACUGCUGUCAUGAAUAUUCAUCAUAUAGUGGAGCCUAAGAAAAUCUAGAAUUAAUAUGAAUACAAAAUGUACAAAAAACACGAGGUAAUUAUUUGUGUACAAACAAAUGUGAUUUAUUUCACAACACAUACGUAUAUGUACGUCACAAAUAUCUAUCUCUUUCAUUUGAUAUCCUUAUAUUGUAUAAUAAAUAUUAUAUUCACUAGUUAAUUUCAAUUGAUUAUUAUGUCUCUUGGUUCGGGUUACAUUCGUAAUUCCAAAGAUUCAUUAGUCCGUAUGCUAUUCUGAAGGUUCGCAAUUCUGUAGGCUUCUAAAAUCCGAAGGUUCGUUUAUCCGAAAAUAAAAUAAGGUUCAUUAUUUCAAAGGCCUCCUAACUAAAUGAAAUCCUAGCAGUGCCACUGAUUCUAAAUUUAGUGCGGGAAUUAUUUGGUUCCCCCCCCUGAUAACAGGCAGAGAAUGUAAGAGGAGCGGGAGCAGACAAGGAACAAUUCGAAGAAAACAUCAGAGCUUCUGUGCUUUGCGCGGGAGGGCAAAAACUCCCCCAUAUAGGGAGCGCCUUUCGCAUGCUCAGUAUUAAAGUCCAGUCAAGGCCACCUCAGAAAAAUGUUGAUUCGAAUCAAUAGAGAAAAAUGAGACAAGCACAAUGCUGAAAAUUUCAUCAAAAUCG